AUGUUAAUUUUCCAUUAUUUUCCAUUAAAUGUUAAUUGUAUUUUCCAUAAAUCACUCAUUGUACCCCCCAUUUAUGGAAAGCUCCUUUUAUCAUUCCAUAGCCGAGGCCCUGAGUUGGGGGGAGCACAGGGACCUGUGCGGCGCAGCGAACCGGAACCCGCGGCAGAGGAUCUCUACACCAACCAUGUGCGCAACUUGGUGGGCACCACUGUGGCAGGCGUCAUUCAGGAACCGGGCAAGGACGUCCUGGUGAACUGUUUCGCCCCCUGGUGCGGCCAUUGCCAACGCUUCAAGCCGCGCUACCAAGAGCUGGCCAAAAAGCUGUCGCAUGUCCAGAGCCUUGUGGUCUCUCAGAUGGAUUGCACCCAGAACGACUUGGGUCCUUUAAGACGAGUAGUGCGUGGAUAUCCCACCAUCGCCUUAUUUCCAGAUGGUCGAAAGGAGGACAUUCAACUCUACGUGGGAAACCGAUCACCCGAGGACAUGACCAAGUGGCUUCAUACAAAAGUCACGCACGCCUUUUCCGACACCGCGCCUGAGCCCCCGAAGAGCGAGGGCGACAGCGGGCUGUUGAACGACGAUGCAAGAACGACCGGCUCUGAUUCGCAGGUGGUUGGGGUAGCCUGCAGUGGGCAGUUUUUGGUGGCAAGGCCGGUGCUGCUUCAGGAUUUGGAACUUUGCUAUGCAGGAUUUUGCGCGCGCAAUGGCAUCCCAAUGGAACGUGUGGACGGCAACUCGGAGAUCGUGAUGGUGGAGCGAUUCUUCCAUGUGAUCAGUGGUUUCCGUGCGCCUUUUCCAGUGCCUUUGGAACGGAAGGCGGAGCUUAAGCCGUGGCCGAAAGUCACCACAGCCUCGCGGGAGACCCAGCGAAAGGCCUGA